AUGAAUUCACUCUUUGAGACAAUAUACUUUAAUGCUAUUGGUUCUUUACUGUAUAUUAACGCAAAUCUAAGAUACCCUGUUCUCAUACAAAACAGUAGUUAUGUUGAUAGCUUACAAGGAUUUAUCACACUAACUCCAAAUGAUAUUGAAAGACGGGAUAUCCCUCUAAUUUUAGAAAUAAGAGGUUGUGAAUUUUCAUACCAUUCACCCUUAUAAUUUGCUCUGCUAAUUGUAACUGCUAAUGUUAAAGUAUUAAUGUUUGACUCAGAUAUUUCUUACAUAGUUUCUCUUAGUCAAGGGGUAUUUCUUAGAGCUGAAAGUAAUGAUUCAUAUGUAUACAUCUUUAAUUCAUCUAUUCGAAACAAUUAUGCUAGUGAGGGAGUUGCUAUUUAUGCUAUAGAUUAAGCGUAUGUAGAAUUAGAUUAGUGCAAAAUCUUCAAUAAUUUAGCUUUUUGGAAAACUGUUAUUUCAAUUGAGAGAAACGCUUAUUUUUUAGUUUCAAACACAUUAUUUUAAGAAAAUCACUCAUUAGUUUUUUCAGUAUUAGGUAUUACUGAAUCAAUUGGUCUGCCAUCUAGAUUUGUAAAUUCCACAUUCAUUGAUAAUUACGAUUAUGAUGCUAUAUAAUUUAUGGCUGCUUAAACAAAUCCAAUAGUGAUUGGCUACCUUGAAUAAUUUAUAUAGUAUGUCCUCUAAUAAAGCUAUCUAAAAAUCGACAAUUGCUUGUUUAUUAAUGAAGAAAAAAUUGUGGAAGUUUUCAAAUCAAUAUUGGUUGUCAGAAAUUCAAUUUUCAAAGGAUCAGUACUCAAGUAGACAGAUGGAGGCAUUUUUAGUAUAGUUGCGAGUCAAGUUCAAAUAGCAAGUUCCACUUUCGAAAAUUUGACUUAUGAAUUUCCGACUCUUUAUCACUCCUCAUGUCUUUUUUGGAUUUUAGAUUCAAAAUUUGAGAAUUUAAUCAGUAAAUCUUAUGGUGGAGCUAUCAACGUUCUUGAUGGAAGUUUAACUUUAAAUAAUUCUGAAUUUAUAAAAAAUCAGGCAGAACAUGGUGGUGCAAUCUCACUAAGAUGCAGGAAAUAAGGUGGAGCAAUUUAUUACAACAAGAAUAGACCAAAAGGAAUUGAAUAAGAAGAAUUCGACUAAUCUGAUUCUGCUCCUUAUGGAAAUUCUAUAGCAAGUUAUGGUUUUGGUAUCAGGAUCUUAAUUGAUUAUGAUGGUUAGAGAAUGACUAAUGAUGAAAUUUCGUAAGAUAAUCACUUUUAAACCAAACUUGAUAGGACUUUGAGUAUAGAAGAAUUAGAUCAAAACCUUAAAAUAGUAGGAUCAAAAUCAGCAAAAAUAAGACUAGGUGUUGCUACAUUCAGUAAUUUAACCUUUUUCGCUCCUCCUAAUUACUAAAAUGCAAAAGUUAGAAUUUACUCUCCAAACAUAGAUUCUAUGUUUCUUCGUACACUCUUUGCAACGGUUAACUAAUCAUUUAUCAAUAAUGGGGAAUUUGAAAUUAGUUUUAGAGAAUGCAUCUAAGGAGAAAUUUAGACUGCUGAUUCAAGAUUAACAAAACAUACCUGUGGUAUAUGCCCUGAAUAAUGGAAAUCUUCACUCAAAGCUUUUGGUCUGUUUAUUCUAAUAUUCUCUGCCUUGUCACUGCUAGUGUAUUUUAAUAUUUCAAGUGGAAAAAAAAGCUCGAUAGUUUUGGUUUUGAGGAUUGCUACUAAUUAUCUAUAAGUUAUUUCAACAAUUGGUGCAUACAAUUUAAAUUGGCCUAUCUACCUAAGAGAGAUGUUCGGAGUUUAUGAAACUGUUGGCUUGUACAAUUGUGUUGAAGUAGAUGACGGUGAUUUUAGAAUGGAACAGGAGAUAUAAAUAAAAUGUUGGAGGCUCAGAAGUGAAUGCUAUUAUUGGGAGUUCAUGAAUAUAAUUAGAAAAACUUUGCUAGUGGCAGUAAAUGUAUUUUUACAAGCAUACCGAAACAUAUUCAAAUCCAUUCUAAGCAUCAUUGUCCUCUCUUUUUUCUUGCAGAUAUAAAAUAGAUUGAAACCUUACAAGGAUCCAUUAAUAAACAGGCUUGAAUAUAGAGAAUACCUUUCAAACUUGGUUAUAUUUUUUGCUUCUUUAUUCUUCGUUAAUACUGAGAUUUCUAAUGAAAUUUAACUUUGUGCAUUCAUUAUAGUAGUACUUUUCAACCUCAACUUUGUAUUUUUGUGGAUAUACUCAUUAAUAUCCAUUGGCAAGUAUUCAAAGUUGAGAGUCAUUUAGCAAUUACUGGAGAAAUUUGUUUUUAUUUCUGAUGAGGUCUUGCAAAAACAUAAAGUUAUCAAAGACUCAAAGAUGAAGCAGAAAAUAUAAAUCCAUAUUGAUAACAAGGAAUCUAACAAAUUAACAUCAGAAAAUGACAAGGUAGAUAUAUCAAGAAGUAAAGAUGAGGUAAUAUACAAAUAAAAUGGAUAAAUGAAACUUGAAAACAUCAAAUUUAAUCACUUUGAUGUUCUUAGCCAAAUGGCUGCGGAGAGAGAGGAAGAAUCAAAGAUAUCUAGUCACACUCUCUAUCCAUUUUUUUAAGAUAGAUCUUAAAGAACGGUUGAAAAUUAGUCUAGCAUUAUUAGACAAUAAACUAAAAUCAAAGAAGAAAUUAAAAAGAAUAAAACAAAAAAGGUUAAAGCAAAGUAACAAUUAUCUAAAAUUCUGGGCUAAACUUCAUUUCUCAGCCAAAAUAAUAUUUCAAAAAGUAUUAAUGAUUCUCAUAGUGAUAAUAGCAAAAGUUCUUAGAGAUUUUUAAGAGAUGCAUUUACAAAUAGAAAUUAGUUAUCCUUGAAGAGUAAAUUUAAAAAAUGA